CACUCCCAAGUUUUACUUACAGACUGCAAGUAAUUUUCAGAGCACAAAGGGUUUCUACUACAGACGGACUUUACGCAAGUUUAACAACAUGGUUCAGGCAUGGUUCAUGGAUUCUUCCAAACAAGAUCAGAGACUAGAACAUCAUAGGACACCACCAAAGUAUCUGACCUUGGAUGAAUUAUUUAAAAAAUCUGGUGUUGAAUAUUUCAAACUUGAUCCUGAAAACUAUGCUGAAGAGCUGGACAUGUUGAAGAAGAAAAGAGGUUACACCUAUGAAGACAACAUAACUUGCUCCAAAGAGUGCUUAGAGAACUAUGAAGAAAAACUGAAAACUUUCUUUGCGGAACAUUUGCACACUGAAGAGGAAAUACGUUUUGUUCUGCAAGGCUCUGGGUACUUUGACGUCCGCGAUAUCAAUGAAGAGUGGAUACGUAUCGCAGUCUCACCAGGGGAUUUAAUCAUCAUACCAGCAGGCAUCUACCACCGCUUCACUCUUGACACCAGGAAUUUUAUCCAAGCAAAGCGGUUUUUCAUUGGACAGCCAGUGUGGACUCCAUACAAUCGACCAGCAGACAGCUUGGAAUGCCGUCAGAAGUAUCUUCAACGUGCCAUAAAAGGGUUUGAAGAAUAAAAUUUACUUUAUUUCCUUUGCUUCUGGAGAGCUGAACACAUAAACUGAAACUGUUUAUAUACCGGUGUUUGUGAUCAAGAUACAUGAGAUUUGAUAGCAGUGAUUUUUACUCCUUUAUGUUAAAUUGUUUUGAUUAAUACUGCAUGGAUUAAAUGUAGAAUAAACUACACUGUGAAUUAGUUAACAACACAUUAUUAUAGAUAGUAAAGAAGACAAUCAAAUAAUUCAAAUUCAAACAUAAAAAAUAUUUUUAAAAAGUUUUUCCACAGAAUAAAUAAAACUGUUGCCAUGUAAUUGUAUUUUUUAUUAGUAAAUUCGUUAAAGUGAAAAUAUUAGUAACAAUGCUAAAAAUGUUAUUUUUGUUAAUAUGAACAUUUUUCACAGUUAUAUACAGAAGCAUUGGAAAAUUCUACAAAACUUGUUUUACUUUAUUAUAAAAUACUUGUUACAUUAUAAACUAAGUGAUCACAUAAAGUAAAGGAAAUAUUUUAAUUCACAAGAUGAGAAAACAUAGAACUAAGAAAGUGUCAAAUAAUGUACACCCACACUGUUGUAUCCAAAAACUAAGCUAGACUUUCAAUCCUGUGCCAUCAAAUAAAUAUUCAUGUUAUUAUUUAAAGACACACUGCCAUAUUUCUGUAAAAUGAUUUUCGAUUCAUGACAGUGACGAAAUAAAAUAAAAUCUUUAACAGCAAUAGAAAACUCUUCAUUUUUUAUUCUUGUCAUUGCGAAUAGUUGGCAAACUAAAAUUCUGUAAGAUUAUGUACGUACAUCUGAAAACACACUAGAAUGGCAAGAAAUGGAAGGAUUUGUAAUUCUUUUCUUCAAGACAAGGGUACCGACUGCGAACGUUAUAUACCUUCCAUAUAUUGAAUACACAGCGUUAGUGAGCACAAACAUAUAAUGCUAGUGUUCUGGCAUACUUACAUUUUGUUUUUCCACUUAAACCUAUUUGAAAGAUCUACAUCUAGGGUAUACUAGCGAUUGUAAACAAAAAUGUAUGUAAAGUAUAAAGUAAAACUUUUAACAUGUUAAACUUCACGGAUGGAAUAAGUGUUGGAAUAGUUAGGUUUUAAAACUUUAUUUUUGCAUUUAUUGAAAUUUAUAAAACAAACAUUAUAAGCAGGAAAUGCUCUAUUUGUGAAAUAUUAUAUGCGGGAAAUAUAUACAUUGUUCUUAUGGGAAAAAAGUUGGGACUUUAAAAAUAUGACAUUAUAAGGAGGAAAAACUUAUAAGCUGGAACAUUAUAACAGGGUUGUACUAAGAUUAGCAAAAUAACAUUUUUAGAUAAGCAGACAUGGUUUACUAAUUAUUUUGGUUUCAAUAUUUUUGUGUUGUCAUCAUUUGUGUGUUUUUUUGUUCACUUAGUACUUUUUUCUUUGUUUUUUCUUUGUUUGUUGACCAUAUUUCUGUUUCGGAAUAUUUUGUGGUGUUUAUAUUCUUGUUGACAACAGCAAUUGUUUGCUUAAUUUUGUGUGUUUUUUGUCUUUCUUGUGUAUUUUUAUUUAUUUUAUUUAUUAGUUUUUCUUCAACAGAAAAAGUUCUUAGCAAUGGCGAAUGUCCAAAAACUUACAUCAAGUCAUGGUUUACUACAAUAAAAAACUAUAUUUUGUAACAAGAUUACAUAGUAUACAUGCAGUAUACAUGUCCUUUAUUGUUUAUAAGUCAUUAAAAAAUAUAAAAAUAACUUUUCACAUAAUUUCUUAACAAAGAAUUUGUCAACUUUCUUCUGUUUCAAACAUGUAUGGCAUUUGAAUGAAGCACUGUCAGCUACAUUAUGGUGUGUUGUCUUUGCAUAGAUGUAGAAUACUAUUUUUUUUAUGUGUACAUUACAUAAAAUGUCUACAAAUCUGAUCCGGAUUAUCCAGAGAUUUGGAUCAACGAGGGCCGGAUAAACAAGGUUUUAUGGAACAUACCAUAAGCACAGGAAUAACGCAUAAAUGUAUGAAAAUAUGCUUGGUAAUUGUGUGACGUGAUUUUUUAGCAUGCAUUUUUUAAAUAUUCCUUGAGGUAUAAACCCAGCACCCCAUUGUAUUAUGAAAUCAAUUACAUAUACUAUAUAUAAUUGGGCACAUACAUUUUGAAACAUCAUGCAAUGCCACUUUUACACGUUCUCGCAGGGAUGUAAUUAGCAAACCAAAAAUGU